CCAUCGCGCUAGAUCGGAAACCGUUCUCGGAGGAGAAUACCCGCGGUUCCGGUGAAACCACCAAAAUUCACACACGGAUGAAGUUGAAAUCUCACAGGAUAUAGAGUUGAUAGGAGUGCAGUGCGUAGUUUAAGUGAUCACCAGCGAGAUCUCUUCCCACCUCUUCUACCUUGGCCACAGAGGAUUUUUUCGACUGGUCAGAGCCCUCCAAGGGGCAAACCGACAGGGAGCCACUAUGGGCAUCCCAUAUAGGCGGCUCGCGACGAUUGUGACGAUUUUAUGUUGUGUGGUUGGAACCAGAGCGGACUCGCGCAGACGCUACAUAAAUCAAAGACAAUUCUGGAAUGAUCCGAGCAGCGGCGGAGUGGGACUCUUUCGGCGGCCAGACUACUACAGAUCAACACCGGAACCUGUUCAACCGGAAAUAGACCCUAGUUACGACGUUAUCGACACUGCCAGUGGACGUCUACAUGGUCCAACUAAGAAUUGCACCAGUUCGGGAUGUUGCAUUCCCAAGUGCUUCGCCGAGAAAGGCAAUAGAGGAUAUCCUGGCGUUCCCGGCGUGCCCGGUCCCAAAGGUGUGCAAGGUUUCGCCGGAGCGGAAGGUCUGCUCGGGGCUAAGGGUAUGAAGGGUGAACCUGGUCCAUCAGGACCGCGUGGCCCCAAGGGAGAUCGAGGUGCCCAGGGGAGCCCCGGUUUUCCCGGUGUUCCCGGAUUGCCCGGGCACAAGGGAGAGGACGGCCCCGCUGGUAUCCCUGGACGAGAUGGGUGUAACGGAACAGAUGGUCUGCCGGGCCUGCGGGGCCUUGACGGUGUUCCCGGACCCAGAGGUUUACCCGGUGUUCCAGGCUUCAAAGGAGACAAGGGUGAACCUGCCGAACUCAAUAUUAAUUACCUCAAAGGUCAGAAAGGAGAUCCAGGCUUUGAUGGCAGACCUGGCAAUCCUGGUGAGACAGGUCCAGCUGGGCCGAGAGGACCUGACGGAACACCGGGUACUCCAGGUGUUCCUGGAAGAAAAGGACAGGCCGGCCCUAAAGGAGAUAAAGGACAAGGCUGUAUAUCAAUCCAAGGACCCCCAGGCCCCAGAGGAAUUAAGGGUGACAAAGGUGAAAAGGGUGAAAGCAGUCCAGGAGAAGUCGUUGGGCCUCCAAUCACAACAACAGGCCCCAAAGGCGAAAAGGGCUAUGUUGGUGACAAAGGAGAUAUGGGGCCCAAGGGAGAACCAGGUGAACUAGGCGCUCCAGGUUUCCCCGGGGACAGAGGCACACAAGGAGAGAAAGGUCUUCCCGGUCAACCUGGUCCGAGAGGACGAGAUGGAAACUAUGGACCGACUGGACCUCCUGGCCAAAAGGGAGACAGAGGAAAUGAGGGUUUGCGUGGCUUAGACGGAAACCCCGGUCAGAAGGGUGAACCUGGAGAGUCUGGACUGCAAGGCGUGCCAGGAAUAGUAGGACCUCCAGGACCACCAGGUGGAGGCAGAGGAUCUCCAGGACCCCCCGGACCGGCUGGACCCAGAGGAUACAGGGGCUUGCCCGGACCUAAAGGAUUGGACGGUCUUAUGGGAGAACAAGGUCCUCGUGGUCUACCAGGAAUGAAAGGUGGACCUGGUAUUCCCGGACGAGUGGGAUUGGAAGGUUUGCCUGGAGACAAGGGACAGAAAGGAGAAGCUGGAAUAAUUGGCAUGCCCGGAGUUCAGGGGCCGAGGGGUUUCAUUGGACCACCUGGAGCCGAUGGUUUAAGAGGACCUAGCGGAGAACCCGGAAUUGGCCAAUUGGGACCGAAAGGAGAUGAUGGAGUACCUGGAUACCCUGGAGCAAAGGGACAAAAAGGUGAACGUGGAUAUCCCGGUCUGCAAGGUGUACCUGGAGAUUCAGAACAAGGAAAGCCCGGUAGUCCUGGAGUGCCAGGUCGUCCUGGAGACAAGGGUGAAGCAGGCCGACCUGGAACACCAGGCUUGAAGGGUGAAAGGGGCGAAAAGGGAGAACUCGGCGGAAGAUGCUAUGACUGCUUGCCUGGCUUACCAGGAGAGAAGGGUGACAGAGGUUUUGAUGGUCUGCGUGGCCCACCUGGACAGGACGGUUCUUCUGGCGAGAAAGGUCACCAAGGUGAACGCGGAUUAGAUGGAUUACAUGGAAUACCUGGUGAUCCAGGUGCACCAGGUAUACCAGGUCAACCCGGUCUUCCUGGAGCAAGUGGAGAGAAGGGUGAGAACGCUUUCAUAUCAUCGAGCUUACUCAAAGGACAGAAGGGCGAAAAGGGUAAUCGAGGAAUUUCUGGACGAUCUGGACCACCCGGAUUGGAUGGACCUCGUGGCUAUCCUGGAUUAGAUGGACUCAAAGGCGAAGUUGGAUUGAAGGGAGACAGAGGCAUUCCUGGAUUACCAGGUCUGGACGGACAAUCUGGAACCCCCGGUCGAGAUGGGCUUCCUGGCAUUAAGGGAUUGAGUAUAAAGGGAGAAACAGGUCCCAGUGGUCGAGAUGGUUCCAAAGGUCAGAAAGGAGAAUCCGGUUACAGAGGCGAAAAAGGUAAUCCUGGAGUAUGUCCACCACUCGAUUACAGUAAAGGCUUCAAGGGUGCCAGAGGAGACAAAGGAAGCAAGGGUGAGCCAGGAACCCAGGGUCGAGAUGGCUUUCCAGGAGAGCCAGGUCUGGUGGGAUUACAAGGACUGAAGGGUAAUACCGGAGCCUUUGGCCCACCUGGACCUGUUGGCCCUCGUGGUUUGCCUGGUCCAAGAGGUGAAAAAGGUCUUUCUGGACAAAUUGGCUUCCCUGGACAACCUGGACGGGAUGGUAUUCGUGGUCUACCCGGAUUGGCAGGGGCAAAGGGACAGAAAGGAGAAACUGGGGCCUCAGUUGUUGGACCUCCUGGACCCAAAGGUAGUCCUGGUCCUUGGGGACAGAAGGGAGAACGUGGUCCGACUGGAGAGAGAGGCUUGGACGGAUUAGCUGGACAAGUAGGAUAUCCUGGAGAUAAGGGUGAAGCUGGUCUUUCAGGAACUCCAGGCCUUCCAGGAUACAUCGGACCCAAAGGAGAACCUGGCCCUGAAGGACCGUCGGGUCUGCCUGGUCCACCUGGCCGACCUGGUAUGGAUGGCAUCAAAGGUGAACCAGGAUUGAAGGGAGAAACUGGAGCUCCUGGACUUAUUGGUAUGCCAGGUCUGAAAGGUGAACGUGGAGUACCCGGAAUUGAAGGACAGAAAGGCUUCCAAGGACCGAAGGGCUCUCCUGGACUUAGAGGACUUCCAGGCCAAAGCGGACUUCCUGGAUUUAAGGGUGAUAAGGGCGAACUCGGCCCACCUGGAUUUGAUGGUGCACCUGGAGCCCCUGGUCAACCUGGCCCGAUGGGACCGAUUGGCCUUAAAGGUGACUUUGGACCCGUUGGUCUCACUGGAUUGGAUGGUCUUCCUGGUCGUGACGGAGAAAAGGGUGAUGCUGGAUUUGUGGGACCGAUUGGACCUAAAGGAGAACCUGGCUCUGUAUCUGAGAAGGGACAGAAAGGUGAACCAGGACCACCUGGAUUGAGAGGUGUGGAUGGCAGAGAUGGAUUCCCAGGCCCCACGGGUGAAAAGGGUGAUGCUGGUGUUCCUGGAUACGGCAGACCGGGACUGAAGGGAGACAAGGGAGAUCAAGGCUUAAGCGGACGUGAUGGAAUACCUGGCAUGCAAGGAAUGAAGGGUGACCAAGGUUUCGCCGGCAUUCGAGGUCUUAAAGGUGAUAAGGGCAACAUGGGACCACCUGGUAUUCCAGGAACUCCCGGAAUUGAUGGCUUACCUGGACAAGAUGGCCUUCCUGGACCACCUGGCUACACUGGUGAGAAGGGUAACAGGGGAGAUCGAGGAUUACCUGGCUUCGCAGGAGAGAAAGGUGACAAGGGUGUUGUAGGAAUGCCUGGACGUGAUGGCUUGAUGGGAGUGAAGGGAGAACGAGGUUUCAUUGGUGAACCAGGCGCUCCAGGACCUUCAAUCGAAAUCAAGGGACAGAAGGGUGAAGUCGGAGAAUUUGGACUGGUCGGCUUGCCUGGUGAACGAGGAUUACCUGGCCAGCGUGGUGAUACCGGUUUUGUUGGCCAGAAGGGUGAUCGUGGACUAACAGGACCUGUGGGUGUGCCUGGAAUGGAAGGCAGACCAGGAGAAAAGGGAGAUCGUGGUCUGACUGGUGAACCAGGAGAAGCUGGGCCUGUUGUGAAAGGUGAGAAGGGCUUGCCAGGAUUGCCAGGAAAGAAUGGACGCGAUGGCUUGCCCGGACAACAGGGUGAAAAGGGUGACAAGGGAUUGGCAGGACUGAUUGGGCCGCAAGGUGCUCGAGGAAUGCCCGGAUUACCAGGACGACAGGGCGAGAAGGGAGAUAGAGGCUUACCUGGCGCUUCAGGUCGUGAUGGAAUAGAUGGUGCACCUGGAUUGCUUGGCCCGAAGGGAGAACCUGGCUUUCCAGGUCCUAAAGGUGAUGUUGGCUUGCCCGGAGGCCCAGGAUUCCCCGGAGAGAAGGGUGACAGAGGACCACCAGGAAUGCCUGGUCUUAAUGGCUUCGAUGGAAUAAAAGGAGACCGUGGCUUCCCUGGACCUGAAGGACAAAUUGGCCUUAUUGGUUUGCCCGGAGAAAAGGGUCUGCCUGGACAGCGUGGUCGAGAUGGUCGUGACGGUCUGUCUGGAUUGAAAGGAGACAAGGGAGAGCCAGGAUUAGUUCCUCCACCUGGACCCAAGGGAAAUCCAGGCCGACCGGGACGUGAUGGUGAAAAGGGAGACCGAGGACCGCCUGGACCACAAGGCAUUCAAGGAUUGUUGGGAGAGCGCGGAGAAAAGGGUGACCAAGGCUAUCCGGGAACAACUGGGCCACCUGGACUGCAAGGACUUCGUGGAGAAAUUGGCGUGGCAGGACCAACGGGGUUGGACGGCCGACCUGGCGCUCCAGGUCCAAAGGGUGACCAGGGCGCAGCUUGCUCUCACGCUCCUGAUUACCUCUCGGGCAUCUUGCUGGUGAAGCACAGUCAAUCCGAAGAGAUUCCCGUUUGUGAGGCGGGUCAUGUGAAGCUCUGGGAUGGAUACUCCCUGCUCUAUGUGGAUGGAAAUGAUUAUCCUCACAACCAGGACUUGGGAUCGCCGGGAUCUUGCGUGAGGAAAUUCUCCACAAUGCCAGUGAUCACCUGCUCCAACAACAAUGUGUGCAAUUACGCCUCGCGUAACGAUCGAUCCUUCUGGCUCUCAACAACAGCACCAGUGCCCAUGAUGCCCGUUGUGGAGGAAGAGAUGAGACAGUACAUCUCGAGGUGCGUGGUUUGCGAGGUGCCAUCCAACGUCAUCGCCGUUCAUAGUCAAACGCUGGACAUUCCCCACUGCCCAGCCGGAUGGGAGGGUCUCUGGAUCGGCUACAGUUUCCUAAUGCACUCCGCCGUGGGCAACGGUGGCGGCGGACAGGCGCUGGCGGGUCCUGGCUCCUGCCUGCAGGACUUCCGAACGACACCCUUCAUCGAGUGCAACGGCGGCAAGGGUCACUGCCACUACUACGACACACUGACCAGCUUCUGGCUCGUCACCGUGGAUGACCACAGCCAAUUCAGGCGACCAGAGCAGGACACCCUCAAGGCGGGUCGGCUGCUCACGCGUGUGUCGCGAUGCCAAGUGUGUAUAAGAAAUUAACACGUUUUUUUGUAUAGAGUCCGCAAUGGAAGUUAAAGCCGUAAAUUUACAAUUUUUUACCACGUUCUUGCCUUUCAUAUUGCAAUAAGGCGCAUUUAUACCAAAAAGAUGAAAGUUUAGAGUUUAAUUUGUUCUUUCCCCGCGCUUUGUCCCUCUUUUCCCCCGCCCUAUUCGUUCACACACGCAAUGUUUCGUAUCGAUAGACAAAGGAGACCAGAAACCACCCUCUUAUCCUUCUCUAAAUUCAAACAUUUUAUAUAUAUCUUUUGUUAUGAAGCAAAUAAAAGAAUGAAUGUCACAAAACCUAUAAUAAUAAUAAUGUGAUAUGUUAUUAAAACAAAAAAAUCUUAAUUAUACUAUGUAACUGCCUUCUUCUUGAAAUUACUGAACUUUUAAAGCAAUUGUGUUCGCUGUUGAUAUGAAAUUCAAAGUGCCAUUUAAUAGGAAGAACAAAGAUCGUGUUCAGUUAUCGAAUUUUUCUUCAUUCAGUGUUUUUCUUUUUUUUUAAAUCUAUUCCCUAAAAGCAAAACAUAUUGUAAUUUAUGCCCUCACUCUCUAGAAGACCCAAAAUUGAAUGUAUUUGACUUUUGAAGUGCACGUCAGAUGAAGAAAAGGAAAUAACUUUCAAAAUAAUACUGCCUAAUAAAGUGAAACAUAUUUCGAACGAAAUGUAAUGUAUGUAAUAUCAAUAAAUUGUAUUAAAAAUA